AUGUUCAGUCAGUCAGAUUUAUCAAUCGUCGCUUUCAUUGCACUUAGUGAACUUUUGUGCUAUUUUCCUUGUUUCACUUAAAUUAAGUUUUUAAUUAUUUUAUGUAUCGUAUGUUUUGAACUUGACUUAUUUCUUGUUUCGUUAUUGAAUAAAACUAAAUACACCGUAUUUGUAAAAUAAACAUUAAAAUGUCUAGCGACAAUGGUUUUAACAACGAUGAUUCUCCAAACAAAUCCCACACACAUUUGCAAUUGCCCAGCCCUAUUAUUACUCGAAGAAACAGAACUGCUUCGACAUCAGAAAAGGCGCUUCAAAACCCCAUAGAAUACGGCAAAAUAAAAUCGUUUUGCCGUGAGAAAGGCCAUGGAUUUGUAACUCCAUUAAAAGGCGGUGAAGAUCUUUUUCUACAUAUUUCUGACAUCGAAGGGGAAUAUGUGCCAUUGCCUGGUGAUGAAGUUACCUAUCGCCUGUGUCCAAUACCACCAAAAUUUGAAAAAUGCCAAGCUGUACAUGUUCAGAUUGUCCAAUUAGUCCGAGAAAGGCAUUUAAAGUGGAAUGAGCCACCCCUGUAAUGUGUAAUUUCAAUAUUAAGUUUUAGUAUUUCUAUGUAUUCUAAAACCAUUAUUAUCAUUUGCUUUCCCACACUAGCCAUUAUAUUUAAGAGGCCUAACCACAUUCUACAUGUGAUGAAUGAUUAAAACACAUAUAAUACAGUAUUUUAAAGAUAAGAUGUGGUGCUAAAUUUUUGAAGGUUUUACCAUCUUGUACGAAUUUGAUAAUUAUAGUUUCUCGGACACAAGCUCGCGGCACAAAUUAGAAAAUAAAAUUUUCCACACUAGCAUAGUAUUUGUUAACGGCCUAAGUAUAUAUCUGAUGUGUGUUUGGUAUGUUUUAUAGAAUAUUACGAGUGAUAAUUUUAAGCAUUUUAAGUGGCUGAAGUUACUUUACUAGCUUUUUACGGUUGAAUGAGAAUAUUACUUAUUAUUUUCCAUACAAUUAUGUACAAGUAAUUAAAAAUUAUUUUUCGAAAUACAUAUUUUAAUCUCCAGUACAAUGUAGUAUGACGUCCUGCUUGUUGUGAUUAUGUUAUACAUUAUACCUUUAUGACAAUCAUAACUGCGAUGAAAUAAAAUGUGUAAGCUUUUAA